CAUUCCGACCUGUCAAGACUAUCUGCAGAAAUAUCUUCGGCAGCUCUGUUUACGCGCCUUCCGGAAGGAUGUCUUUGUGCAGAUUAAGGCCCUGUUGAAACCGGAGUCCGCGACCGCUGCCCUGGCCGGAGAGAUCCCACUCUGUUGGCCUAGUCUUGCAAAGGCGCUGCAGACCCGAUUCUGGCCGCCACACAUUGCUUCCGGAAAUCGGAUGGCCGUGAAGCACAUCAAUGUUCUCUUUACCUGGCUCUGGGAGUGGCGUGACGGACGAUUUGAGCGGAAAGGUUGGGAUCACAAACCCUACCGCCUCUUAUAUCAGAAAAGCUUCGAGGUGAUUACCUUAAUCCAGGGAAAGGAUGCCGCUCGUCAGUGGAAACAGGGUCUAAAAGAUUCCUUUAUUCAGAGCCAUUGGAUGCUGCCCUAUCCCCAAAACAACAGCUUCAUGCGAAAAUCCAAGGAGAGUGGUCAGGUGAUGUGGUGGUCCAGCGUGCACCGAGGCCUCGAUCUAUACUACCAGGAGCUACGUCUUUUCGAUCGGCCUUUUCCGGCUUCCUAUAUCAAGCAUCAUCCC